AUGGUCAAACCCCCUGCAGUGGGCAAUGUUGCCAAGCUGGUCAACUUUGCUGUGGUGGAAUCUGCAAAGACGUACUCCGUGAUAAUAGCAACUGUGGGGGUUGCGGUCUUAUGUGCCCGACAGGUUCAAAUUGCGUCAACGGUGUCUGCGUGUGCGAUAUUUCAGGCACGCCCCCCUGUAAUGGACAAUGUUGUCCGGCUGGCUUGCUGGGUUGCUGCAGUAACUCGUGUACCGACCUUCAAAACGAUGGAAACAAUUGUGGAAGAUGUGGCAAUACUUGUCCUGGUCCCAUGGUCUGUGUUGAAGGGGGUUGCACGCAAUGAAGGCAGAAUGAAGGCUUUGGUGUCCAAAUUGCUUCGCGAGUCUUAUGGGUGCAGAUGA